AUGGCGCGCCCGAUUCAAGUGAAACCCGCAGACAGCGAGAGCCGUGGAGGGGACAGGAAGCUCUUUGUGGGCAUGUUAAAUAAGCAGCAGUCUGAGGAUGACGUGCUCCGGCUCUUUGAACCAUUUGGGGUCAUUGAUGAAUGUACGGUGCUCCGUGGACCUGAUGGUAACAGCAAAGGCUGUGCUUUUGUAAAGUUCUCAUCUCACACAGAGGCUCAGGCAGCAAUCCACGCACUCCAUGGCAGCCAGACAAUGCCCGGCGCCUCCUCCAGUCUAGUGGUGAAGUUUGCUGACACAGAUAAGGAGAGGACCCUCCGCCGUAUGCAGCAAAUGGUGGGGCAGCUGGGGAUAUUCACUCCAUCUCUCACCUUGCCGUUCAGCCCAUACAGCGCCUAUGCGCAGGCU